AUGGAGCCCUUUCGUGUGCGCCUCAACUGCAUCGAUCACUACCAAGCGACCGCGUCGGAGCUGGACCCUGCGCUGCCCUUUCGAGAUGGUGCCUCUGAAAAGAAUUUCAGGCCAAAGGUGCCUGUGAUACGGGUGUUUGGAGCGACUGAAACCGGUCAGCGAGUAUGCGUUCAUGUUCAUGGCGCAUUUCCCUAUCUGUAUAUCGAAUACAAUGGUUCUUUGGCACCCGAAGCAGUAAACUCCGCAAUCCGCACCCUUCACCUCUCAAUUGAUCAUGCCAUGGCAGUCGCCUAUCGUCGCAACGCCUACGACCGAAAAACCGCAUACGUAGCUCAUAUUACCUUGGUCAAAGGGAUCCCCUUCUAUGGGUAUCAUGUCGGCUACCGGUCCUUCUUCAAGAUAUACCUUCUCAACCCUUUCUGUAGCACCCGAUUGGCCAAUCUUCUCCACCAGGGUGCGGUGAUGAAACGACCUUUGCAGCCAUACGAAAGCCAUAUCCAAUUCGUUCCUCAGUGGAUGUGUGAUUACAACUUAUAUGGGUGCUCAUACAUGGACUGCGCAAAGGUGAAGUUUCGAUCACCAGUACCGGAAUAUUUGGAGCUGGGCAGCCUGGAUCAUCGAUGGCAUGACCGCUCCAUUCGCCCCGAGGACGUACUCGAUGACCCGGCUCUCCAGAAGCAGAGCCACUGCCCCUUGGAAGUGGAUGUCUGCGUGGAGGACAUUCUCAACCGGUCUGAUAUCAAGGAACGCCCCUUGCAUCAUGACUUUUCAGAGCUUUUGAGACCUGUUGCCUUCAACGAACGACUGGUUCCAAGCGUGGCAGGACUGUGGCAGGAUGAGACCCGGCGGCGGAAGAAGCGAAUGGGAAUCACCGACCCCGGCAGCACACCGUUUAGCCCCGAAGAACUGAUUUCGAUGUCUGCCGACCCUAGAAAUCAAUCAAAGGGAGGCUGGGUACAUGAGGAUGAGUUUCAGCAGAUGGCCUUCCAAAUUGCAGACGAAGAACGAAGGGCAGAAGAUGACAAGGAGACGUCCUUUGAAACAUUCCUGAAUGUGAACCAAGAAGAAGAGAUGAUCCAAACUGCCUUGGCCAGCGUGGAAGACUUCUAUCCGGACAAAUUCGACAGGUCAAAUCCAAGCUUUGACCAUGCAUUUGAUGAAUUGGCCAAAAUAUCCGUGGAUGAAGAACUCGCGCGAUCUUCUCAGCCUGAUGGGCAGUAUCCAUCGGAUGUCGGAGACAACACAGAAGAGGAUGCUGAAGAGGAAUCCAGAGGUAUUAAGAAUAAUGCGAUUGAAGAAAGCUUCUACGAUGGUGUAUUCGACGAGUUUCCUCAACAGGACGAUGAACCAUCUGAGGAUCCUUUACGGGAAAAUAUUUCAAAUCUUCCAUUGGAUGACGUUUAUACCAGUGAUCCAUCUUUCUCGCGACCAAAUUUGAGUAACGAGGAACAAGCUAUCGAGAGGGACACCAAUGGUCCCCUUAAAAGGAGUUUUACUGAUGUUGCUCGUUACGACCAUCCGUCAACGAAAAAGCCGAGAUUCUGGAGCAACCAAGACUUGUCUGAUAGAAAAAGUCAAGACGAUCUAGCUGAGCAGAACUCGAACCUCCGUCUUGAACCUCCGUCAUCAGAACCCUCGUCAUCUUCGUCUCAAAAGACUAUCCGCCCCAAACCGCAUACACCUCCACUUAAUAGCAGACUGAACUACCCCGUUGUCAAAGAUCCAAAUGAUCCUCUGACAAUUCUACGGUUUAGUCAAGAUGCUAGCCAGCCCAAGAAGGGCUCAGAGUCUUCACAGCACCUGCCAAGCUCUUUCCCCUCCGGAUCUGCUCUCAGUCCUUUAGGAAAUGCAAUUGGCGCCGCAACCUCUUCCAUGCUUCUAUCUUCAUCUACAAAAGUAGAGUCGGUUGCACUCAACCCCCAUGUUGCCCAAAUCAAGACAAGGCUGUGUGACGCCUUCGAUUUCCCCGGAAAUGCCAUUAUCUGUCUUUUCAAAUUCGCCAGCCCCGGUAUGAAUGAGGUUGUUUCGACGAUGCAUGACCACUAUCGUCCAUCUGUUAUCUAUCAACAGGCAUACUAUAGCGACGAGACAGAUGUGCCUGAAAGACCACGACAAUACGCCGGCCGAGAAUUUCGAUUGGAAAGCGACACAAUUCACUUUCUCCCAGAGUUCGACCCUUCAGCAAAUCUCCCGGCUAUGUUUGGCAAACAAUCACCAAUUCCUUUCGAUCGAGAAGAGCAAGAAAAUAUCGACCAGCAAUUGCGAGAAUCAUGCACAGCAAGAGUAUGGGAGUUUGCACCCGUUCCCCCUAGUCGGUCCGAAGUUGUCGAGUGGUUUCACAACCUCCAAGCGUCUCACGAAUCCACCCCGACCAAGCCUGCGAUAUCCAAACCUAAACCAGAAGCAAAACCUGAAGUAUUGUCACAAAUUGAAGGCCCAACUCAAAAAGCCCACGGCUUCAAAUACUCCCAAAAGGCAAAAACCACCAGUGUCGAGCACCAGGCUCAGUACAUGAGCAUAAUGAGUUUAGAGGUGCAUGUGAAUACUCGUGGUGCUUUGUCGGCCAAUCCCGUCGAGGAUGAAAUUUCUUGUAUCUUCUGGGGCCUCCAGUCCGAAGACGAGGAUAUCGAGGUCAACAGCCACUUACCUGGCGUCCACGUUGGGAUGAUCUACCAAGGGGAAGGCGAGAGACCCGAGUCGAAGAUUUCCAAAGCGCUCCGAAUCGACAUGGAACAUGAACCGACAGAGCUCGAUAUGAUCAAUCGACUAGUAGAUAUCGUACGCUACCACGACCCUGACAUUAUGGUUGGGUAUGAAGUUCACAAUGGCUCCUGGGGCUAUCUCAUUGAACGAGCUCGGAAGAAGUACGACUUCGACCUUUGUGCGGAGCUUUCCAGGGUGAAAUCGCAGUCUCACGGGACAUUCGGGAGAGAAGAGCAGCGUUGGGGAUUUGAACAUACCUCUUCCAUCCAGGUGACUGGUCGACACGUUAUCAAUAUCUGGCGUGCAAUGAGAGGCGAGCUGAAUCUACUGGGCUAUACCAUGGAGAAUGUUGUAUUUCAUCUGCUACAUCGGCGCAUACCUCACUACUCACCUCGGGAUCUGACGCAAUGGUAUCAAAGCGGAAAGCCUCGCAACGUUCACAAGGUUGUGGAAUAUUUCACGUCGCGCAUGCAGAUGAACCUAGAAAUCCUCGAGGCCAAUGAGUUGAUCCCACGGACUAGCGAGCAGGCUCGAUUGUUGGGUAUUGACUUCUCUUCAGUCUUCUUUCGAGGUUCUCAGUUCAAGGUCGAGUCGCUUAUGUUCCGAAUUGCCAAACCUGAGAAUUUUCUGUUGGUAUCGCCCAGCCGAAAGCAGGUUGGCCAGCAGAAUGCCCUCGAGUGUCUUCCUCUAGUCAUGGAACCACAAAGCGAUUUCUACACCAGCCCGCUCGUGGUUCUCGAUUUCCAGUCUCUAUACCCCAGUGUCAUGAUUGCGUAUAAUUACUGCUACUCGACCUUUUUGGGGAGAGCAGCCCAGUGGCGCGGUCGAGACAAGAUGGGCUUCAUCGAUUACAAACGACAGCCACGGCUGCUGGAGCUGCUCAAGGACAAGAUCAAUAUCUCGCCCAAUGGCAUGAUGUAUGCGAAGCAAGAAGUUCGCCAAUCGCUGCUGGCAAAGAUGCUCACGGAAAUCCUUGAGACCCGUGUGAUGGUCAAGACUGGAAUGAAGACGGACAAAGAUGACAAGACCCUUCAACGAUUGCUGAACAAUCGUCAGUUGGCCCUCAAGCUGAUUGCAAACGUCACAUACGGCUACACAUCUGCGUCGUUCUCGGGUAGAAUGCCUUGCUCCGAGAUUGCUGACAGCAUCGUGCAGUCUGGACGUGAAACCCUCGAAAAGGCCAUUGCCCUGAUCCACUCGGUGGAAAGAUGGGGUGCCGAGGUGGUCUACGGCGACACAGAUAGCUUGUUCGUCUAUCUCAAAGGCCGCACCCGUGACCAGGCUUUCGACAUUGGGGAGGAAAUUGCGAAAGCUGUAACAGAUAUGAAUCCUCGCCCAGUGAAGCUCAAGUUCGAAAAGGUGUACCACCCCUGCGUACUCCUAGCCAAGAAGCGAUACGUCGGCUUCAAGUACGAGCACCGGAACCAAAAAGAGCCCGAGUUCGACGCCAAAGGUAUCGAAACGGUGCGUCGCGAUGGAACACCCGCAGAACAGAAAAUCGAAGAGAAAGCUCUGAAGAUCUUGUUCCGGACGGCAGACCUUAGUCAGGUGAAGUCCUACUUCCAGCGCCAAUGCAGCAAAAUCAUGCAGGGCCGUGUCUCCAUCCAAGACUUCUGUUUCGCCCGCGAGGUCCGUCUCGGAACAUACAGUGAGCGUGGCCCACUCCCCGCCGGCGCAAUGAUCAGCACGAAGCGCAUGCUUGAGGACCCCCGCCUGGAACCGCAGCGUGGUGAGCGUGUGCCAUACGUUGUCGUCACUGGUGCGCCGGGCUCACGUCUUAUCGAUCGUUGUGUGGCGCCCGAGGAACUCCUGCACGAUGCGCAGCUCGAUCUCGAUGCGGAGUACUACAUCUCUAAAAACUUGAUUCCACCAUUGGAGCGCAUCUUCAAUCUUGUGGGUGCCAACGUGCGCCAGUGGUACGACGAAAUGCCUAAGAUCCAACGCAUUCGACGCGUCGAGGCGUCUUCCUCCCUGAGCCAUCCGAACAAGGAAUUGGGCAUGCUCAAAAAGACUCUCGAGUCGUAUAUGCGUUCGUCCUCCUGCAUACUUUGCAAAGCUAAGCUGUCUGAUGCCGCCGUGCCUUUAUGCAGCGAGUGUCUACACAGUCCACACCUUGCGCUGCUGAAUGUUGUAUCGCAACUACAGCGGGCAGAAAAGAGAGUUGUUGACCUUGAGACUGUAUGCCGGUCUUGCAUGGGCGUGCCACCUGGCGACGAGAUUCGUUGCGACAGCUUGGAUUGUCCUGUUUAUUACUCUCGCACCCGCGAUGUGGCUCAUUGGCGGCAUUCUCGGGCUGUACUGGAGCCUGUUGUAGAGCUACUGGAAAAGAAAGGGGAUGAGGGAUUGGAUUGGUAA